AUGGAAGCUUAUACUGACAAUUCCCCAAGAAUGAGAUUGGAUCAUUCAAAGAAAGAGGGAUCCGAAGAAACCCAUUUGUUGAGAUUUGAGUUAGAACCUCCUGGUAACGAUCAUAGGUUCCAUUCAAUGAAUGCUCUGGAGAUUUUGAGGGAAACUGUGAGAAUUCUCCGGUACAAUUCGUGGGGCUUUUUGGCCAUUGCCGCCUUGCUAAUUUGCCCUUUGUCUGCCUUGCUUUUGUCGAAUUUGCUAGUUGAUCAGUCACUUGUAAAGAGACUAACCAUUAGGAUGUUGUUAAUUGCCAAGUCCAGUGGCCUCCCUUUGAGGGAUUUUAUCAGUCAUUCUUGCCAGAGGUUUGCUGAGAUGGCUAUCUCAUCCACUAUGUGCUUUCCUCUGUACAUCACAUUGUCUUUGUUGUCGAAAGCCGCCGUGGUUUACUCUGUGUAUUGUAGUUACUCCCUGAAGAAGUUUGAUGUAUCCCAGUUUUACUUAAUUAUGUGCAAAAUAUGGAGACGGCUUCUUUCGACGUAUGUGUGGAUGUGUAUGGUGGUUGUGGGUUGCCUCAUCUUGUUUUUGAUUCUUCUUCUUGCUGUGUGCAAUACAUGUUCCAUAUUUGGGUUGUCACCUCCUCAUAUUGUAUAUGCUGCAAUGGUGGUUGGCCUCAUCUUCUCGGUUAUUUUUGCCAAUGCUAUUAUUAUUUGCAACAUUGCUAUUGUGAUCUCUGUGUUGGAGGAUGUCUCAGGACCAGAGGCAUUGGUUCAGUCUGGGGUUUUAAUCAAGGGCCAGACUCAGGUGGGUCUUUUGAUAUUUCUUGGAUCAACAAUCGGAAUGGCAUUUGUUGAGGGGCUGUUUGAGCACAGAGUGAAGACGUUGAGCUACGGAGAUGGGUCUUCUCGCAUAUGGGAAGGGCCUCUUUUGGUGAUCAUGUAUUCGUUCGUGGUGCUCAUCGACUCCAUGAUGAGUGCUGUUUUCUACUUCAGCUGCAGAUCUUUUAAGAUGGAAACAUCUUUAGACAGCGAGUCUCAUUCAAUUUUGGAAACCAUAAACUUUUCUUCUGAAUCAGUUGGUAUUCAAUGA